AUGACGACAACUAUAUUGAUAUAUGAUGAAACGGUGACGCCUACAGAUCCUGUCAAGACAUCAACAUCACUUUCGGAAAUACCAUCUCUUUCUCCCACGCCUUCGUCUCAUCCUCAUCCUCCGCCUCCUCAUCCUGCUGCUCAUGUCCCUCUACCGGGAUUCAUACCAAAACCUGAACCGGUAAACCAGGAAUUCUCGUAUACUCCACUGCUUACGACGUUCAUAACUCAUACUAUACCGCGAGAAACAACUAUCGAUUCGCCUUCAUCUCUGGCAGUCACGGCGACUUCUACACCUUCAGCAGCCUCGGCUCUUGAGCAAUCAGAUGCCUCCCCACGAUCAUCUUCCAAAAACCUGUCAACGGGCGCACUCAUAGGUAUCACCGUUAUAGGUACCCUUGUUGUCAUCGGCCUCCUGUUAUACUCUAUGGGGGAUGAACCACCUUUGAAUGAUUUCCCCGCUUACAAUCCUCACUUUUCCUCUCGCUGUAAUUGGGUCUGCUGCAUGCCUCUGUUUCUCUUUCAGCUAGUGUGGGUUUUGUCUCACAUCGCUCUGAGGGCGAUGGGGUGUAAAUCGCGGAAGAAGCAGGCUGAGCCGCUGGAAAGCCCGAAAGUCGAUGACCAGGGAGAGGCGACACCGGUUGAACUUGAUGCCGCAAACGAGGUUAUAGGAGAGCUUUCUGCGCCGGAGACUGCGCCGUAUCAUUCUCGUCCUCCUCCAAUGAUGCCUGGAGCGAGGGAGUUGGAAGGGAGCACUACGCUAUCACCUCAGUAA